UUGCCUAGCAAGCGCAAGGCCCUGGGGGGGCGGGGGACAAAAUAACAAAAAUAGGGUCGUGAAGGGAGAAGAGUGGAAGGCUGUAACAAGCAAGCCACCGGAUACGUACUAGUCCAUCCAUUCACCUCGUGAACAGCAGUACUCAGGCUCCAAUGCCGUCUGCUCCUCUUCCUCCCCAGUGGCCACUCUGGGCAUCCCCAGCCCUGCAGCCUUCGGGGCGAUGAGGCCACACACUCCAGCAGAUGGCGGCGGGGGGCGGGGGCGUUGUCCACUGUUUGCGGUGCUUACAGUCCACCCGGAGAUUGUGUCCCCUGCUCUAGCCGCUCCGGAUGCGCGGCUGGCAACCCACGGCGCCCCGGCCCAUCCUUCCCAGCCUCACAGGGCGCAGACCCAGGCCCCGAGGAUGCGAUGGGGCGCACUGGUCCGACCCCGGAGCGCGCCGCAUCCCCAUCCCCCUUCACGGUCGGAGACCUAGAAGCUGGGGGCGGGACGGUGCCCCGGAGGCAGGCCGGGCGUGGUGGCCCCGGGGGCCCUCCCGGGUGGGGCGAGUCCCACCGCCACAGCCAAUGGUGGGGCAGGCAGUGGAGGCGGGCGCGGGACUGGCCAGCGCGGGGUCCGGGACGAGGGGCGGGCGAGGAGAGCGCUGUCAGCGCGGUUAUAAGGGAGGGAGAAGUUCCCUGCGCCGAGAGCCGGGCGGGCGCAAGCUCUUACCGCGGCCGCAGCGGCUGGGCGGGGCCGGCAGGGCGGACAGCGGCGCAGGGAGCCCCCCCGCCCCAUUGCGACCUCGCCUCCCUCAGUGUCUCGCUGGGACCGCGGCUACCGCCCGGGGUCCUGAGGACUUUUGCUCAGCGGCCGUGGGUGGAGUCGGGGAGCCCGGCGGGGGGCCGGGGCCGGGAGGGGUCCGCAUCGCUGGGGAGCCGCUGCCCAUCUUCCGCUGGGAGCAGAUCCGCCAGCACGGCCUGCCGGGCGACAAGUGGCUGGUCAUGGAGCGCCGGGACUAGGACAUCAGCCGCUGGGCAGAGCGGCACCCCGGGGCAGCCGCCUCAUUGGCCACCACAGCGCGGAGGACGCCACGGAUGCUUUCCACGCCUUCCACCAGGAUCUCCAGUAUGUGCGCAAGUUCCCAAAGCCCCUGCUGAUUGGAGAGCUGGCCCCAGAAGAGCCCAGUCAGGACGGAGCUCAGAAUGUGAGGGGGACAGCUGGAGGGCUUGGGGACAUUGCUCAUUCCCAGUAGCAACCUCUGGUUACUCCUGGGGGAUACAGGGUCAGGGCUGGGUCUGCACCCGUUCCUGGGCCACAGUAAAAGGUGAAGCCGUAGUGAUGUCCUGUAGAACUAAGCCUCCAGAUCUGACUUGUCUGGACACUUGCUGUGGGUUCCCAGGUUAGCCCUGUUCCUGUUCUGGGCCCAAUAACCCCCAUCUACAAUGAGGAUGUUUUUGAGCCCUAAGGGGUUUCCUCUACUGGCUCUGGUUUUCUCUGCUUCUUAUCCACCUCACACCUUUUGAGCACGGGAGGGGGCUUGGCCGCUGGCUAGUUGCCCAGCUCACACACCCUUCCUGGUACUCUUGUUCCUCCAUCCAUCGCCCUUGCCAACACCUCCUGGACCCAGCAGUGGGAGGAAUGACUGUGGCUUGAGGAGGGAUUAGAAAUUUCUGGGGACCAUUAUAAAAUAUUAACUAUAUUUAGCAUUAAAUGCUUUAU